GAUUUCCUCUUGAGGAUUUAUCAAACAAUCCCCAAAUAGAAAUUGAUAAUCAAUCACAAUAUCCACAUGAGAAUUUCCUCUUGAGGAUUUAUCAAAAUAAUUUUAAAAUAGAAACUGAUAAACGAUCACAAAUAUCCUUAUGA